UAGUCCGUGACCUUCUUAUGACAUCAGCAGCAGAGACGAGAAUAAAAGCAGAGAGUCGCUGUGCUUACUGCUCUAAUCCAACAAAUCCAGGAAGGCGUCAAGAUCUCAGCCCAGCAUCAGCAGUGACCCCGUCUGAAUCCAGAGGAAUGAAAGUGUUUGCUGCUUGCUGCGUUUUCCUCCUGCUUCUGUGUGUAGGCUGCCCGAAUGCUGACUGCAGGAUUCAGGAGCGAUCCAUGGAGAUCAGAAACCCUGACAUCGAUGCUUCUUGGUACACAGGUCGUGGCAUCAGGCCUGUGGGUCGCUUUGGCCGGAGAGCCUCAGAGGUUCGCCGCGGCUCGGAUUAUCCGUCUCAUCGUUUCUGCAUUCCAGUUGAAGAAAAUGACGAUUCCUCUCUGGACGAAUAGAACAUAGUGAUUAUUAUUCAUCUUUAAUUCCUCACUUUCAUUACAGUUUACAAAUUGCUGUGUAGUCUAUGAUUAAAAGUUAUUUAUAUAAAACCCAAGAGGAGCACUCCUUUCAGCUCUUUAAAGACACUUUGAUCCGUUUGUUGUGUUAAGUUAUUAAAAAUUCAAUGAUUUUGUUCCAGCAAGGGUUAAAUCGCAUGGGUCUUUAAAAUGACAUUAUUUAGCAAAACCUUUGAUACGCUGAUUUAAAAUGUAUGAAAAAAUAAAGGCAGUAAAAGCAAA